AUGUUCCCUUGGGCGCAGCCCGCGCCCGACAGCGCCGCGUCCGACGGACCUGCCGCGGCGUCCGGCUCCUCGCCGAGUGCAAAGCGCCGCACAGGGCGCUCGGGGGGCGCCAACCUGCCGGCAGCGCGCAGAAGGCGCACGGCGACCUCCACUUGGCGCUGGGCGUCCAGCUGGGCCAAGAAGGCUGGCGCGGGCGCGCCGGUGCCGCCCCCGCCAAAUCUAUCCACGCAGCCGCACUCGCAUGGCAAGGUUCCCGAGAAUGACGAUGGCUUCAUGGUGCGCUUGGGCACGCAGGCAGGCUUCCGUGGCCGGUGGUACUGUGGCCGCAUCCUGGACCCCUCGGAUGUCCCGGGCGCCGCUGAUCAAUGUGGGCCAGAGGGCGGCCCCCAGUGUCACGCGUGCGCGCGCUUCCAGAUCAACUAUGAGCCAGACCUCAAUGAUGACGGCUACCCCGUGAAGCGGAGCACCAGCGUGAAGUCCUGCUACCUCUUCUACUGUGGCAGGCCAGGCGUGGUGGCGGGCACUGGGGGCCAGUGUGGGCCCCAAGAGGGGCCGCAGUGCCCCUCCUGCCAGCGGCUUCAGGAGAGCUUCAAAGCAUCGCACGUCAACGACGAGGGUUGUCAGGUGCUUCGCGGCACCGGGGAGAGCUACAGAGGCACUUACUACUGCGGCCGGGUGCUAGGCGUACGCGCCAUCCCUGGCUCGGACGGAAGGUGCGGGCCCGCGGACGGGCCGCAGUGCAACUCCUGCAAGCGCUUCCAGGUGAGCCAGCAGAUCGUCAUCGAUGACGACCCCCCGCGAGUCCCGCGAACGCCACGAGUCGAGAACCGCAUCUCCGGCUCCACACCCGAGCCGACCAUCAAGCAGGAGGUGGAAAUUGAGAGGGCCAAGCCCAAGGCCAAGCAGAAGCCCAAGGCAAAGCCCAAGGCGGGCCGCAAACCCACGCGGACGCCUGUCACACCGGUGACACCCGUCACGCCGCUGAGCCCAACGCCUGGAACCCCGCGGAAGGUCAAGGAGGAGCUGGAAUCUCCUGCACCUCGUCGACCCCGCACCUCCAAAACGCGCGGGCCGACCCCAUCCCCGAGCCCUUCGAGCCACACUCCGUCGCCCUCCUCCGCUGCCAGCCCUCGAAGCCCCCGCAGUCCGGAGCUUCCGGGCUCUCCGCAGCCCGCUUCGCGCGGCUCGGGCUCGGGCGCGGGUCCCCGGCGGGUCGCGCCGCACACCAGCCCCGUGGUGAUGUCUCCCCGGGACCCCACCUACGAGACGCUGUGCUCGGAGUGCGGCAAGGCGGACCGGCCCGCGGAGCUGCUGCUCUGCGACCUCAUGGCGCCAGGUUGCCACAUCGCGACGCAUCUGAGAUGCUGCCGGCCUGCUUUGAAAGCCAUUCCUCAGGGGGAUUGGUACUGCACCGCCUGCCGUGCCGCUGCGGCCACGGCCGCGGUGCCGCUGGUGCUGUGCUCCGAAUGCGGCUCGGGGGAGCGCCCGGCGCACCUGCUUCUCUGCGAUGCCAUGGGCCCUGGCUGCAAGAUUGCGACGCACCUCGAGUGCUGCCAGCCUCCGUUGGCCCAAGUGCCACAGGAGGACUGGUUCUGCGUGCAGUGCGCUCCCGCGAAGGUGAAGGGCACCGGCAAGGGAGGGGUGGCCGCAUCAUUCCGCAGCCUGGGGGAUGCCCUGAAAGUGGCGGCGGCGCAGCUGGCGUAUCUCAAGCCCUUCCAGAUCGCGUCCAUCGCCACGGCGGCAGCGCACUUCCGGCUUCGUGACCCCAAGCUCCUGGUGCGGCUCGGGCAGUCGGUGGGGUCCAACUUGGACGCCUUCAGCACCGAACAGGUGGCAUCGGUGGCGGAAGCCUUCGACGUGGUGGGACACCACCACAAGAGCCUGGCAGGCUACAUCGAAAAAAUAUUGCUGAAGGAUUCCCUCUCUCCAGCGGAGUUUCCAGAUCGCAGCCGGCCGCGCUUGCUUGCGGCUUUCCUGAUUGCAGCUGCGCAGCAGGAGCACUUUGCCCGGCGCAGCCGGCAGAGCUUGGAGCGCUUCGCUGAGGAGCUCACGGCUCUGCUGCGAAGCUUUGAGGUACCGCCCAAAGAGCUGGUGAGCGACAGGCCAUCUUCGUCGCGGGCCAAAAUCAGGAGCCUCAUUGAUGCCAUGAAGCAAGCCCCCAAGCCGCCGCAGCCUACCGGCAGCCGCCGGCCGGUUAGGCGACGAGGCCGUCGGAGACCGCAGGAGGCAGAGCCGCAAGACGCGGAGCUGAAGGCAUCCGAGUCCCAGGCGCCGAAGGACAGAUCUCAGGCAGAUCUGAGCAUGCAGCAGCUGCCCAAGCCAAAUGCGGCCGUCCCAACGAGGUUCGCUGCUGAGCAGUUGGCUGACCUAGAGGCGAUCGCCGCCUCGCUGGGUGGGAAGGAGCCCAAGGAAGAGAAAGAGGAGGCGGUGGCCCCUCCGGCGGCUCAGCUGGGCGGAGAGAUGGUGCCCGGGGUGGGCUUCGUGGCCGGUCGUGUGCGCCGGAUCAAUGGCACUGCCUUGGAGGUGGCCGCAUUUGCACCAACAGGCUCUCGAGUCGUGCGCCAACGUGUGCAUGCGAGCACCCGGCACUUCAACCCCUUUCUUGGGGGCAGGCACCCGGCCAACCUCCGGAUCCUGCGGCGCCUAAAGCGCCUCGAGCGCGAGCUGCAGUUGGAUGGAGCCACAUCCAUGCCCUUCACUGAGAUGUUGCGAAGGAAGAGAAAGUGGUAUGCACAACCUGGUGAUGUGGGACAGAAGGCAUACAGGCGGUAUGCCGACCUUCGCGCGCAGCAGUCCUUGCUUUGGCGGACCCUGAGAAGGUACCGCCUGGGCGGCUUUGACCCAGAGCUCGCACGGGGGCGCUUCGUCACAGCUUCCAGCUCCACUCCAAUUGCGCUACACCAGGCAUCUGUGCUAAGUUUGGACCAGUCCGUGGUUCUGGCGCGGGCCCUCCAGGCGAGCGAGCUGCCAGGCAGCAAAGAGCUGCUGCAGGAGCUAGGUGAACAUUCUGCCAAAGCCGCAGAGUGUUGCGUGACUCCUCUGGAAAAGCAGAGGGCAUUGUUGGCGCUGAGCCGCGUGACCUCCGCGCUGGCGGAGGCAAAGCUCGGCAGCGUGCGGCUGCUGAUGGCCUUGGAGGUGCAGAUGCUCCGCGCGGAAGUUGGGGAGACGCGGUCCGUGAGGCCCAGGGCAUGGCCCAGGGCGCUGCUGGCGUACCUUCGCAUGGCAAAGAUCUGCGGGGGGGACAAAGACAGCCACGCUCGCACAGCCAGCGCCCAGCUUGCCCAGCUGUUGCAGAUCGGCGCGGAUGGCAGAGCGCUGCUGUGGAACUUGUCAUGUGAGGACUUGGCCAGCUUCGUCACAGCGCUGGCAGAGCUUCUGGGUGAUGCCCAGCUUCUGGCCCCCCGGAGCCGCUUUCGGCUUCGCCGGGGCUUGCUAGCAGGCCUUGGCAGCCUUGAUGCAGAGCUCACAGGAGCGCCCUUGCCCAAGGGCUGGCAGAGGCCCCUGGAAACGAGCCGCGGAGCUCCUCCGCCCUCCUCGGCCUUGCUGCCGCUUGCAUCUGCGACCUUGUGGCUCUCGCGAGAAGGGUCCACGCAGGUGUGCGCAAAGCUGGGGAUCCCUGCGCAGAAAGUCAAGGAUCUCGCCUAUGCCUGGAGUGGUGUGCGCUAUAGGUGAUUUGCCCAAAGUUGGCGCAAUAACACCAAUGUAGCCUUUGAGUGAUAGAUUU